UGGCGCAUCACCCGCCGCCGUCACUCCUCCCCCCGGCCCGACCCUCCUCCGGGCGCCGCCGGAUCCCAAAACCACCGCGCGCCGCCGGAUCACCGGAAUCCCACGCGCUGCCGCCGCCCACGGGUCUGUCCCGGGACCAAUGCCGCCACCACGUGAAGGUGCGCGGUUCGCCGGAUCUCCUAACGCCGCUGCUACUCCUCACCGCCCCGCCAACCUCGUCCUCAUCCCGCAGCGCUGCCAGCCAUCUUCUCCCACAGCCACGGCCGUCCUCCUCCCAUGGUCCCCGAUCCGCCGCCGGCCUUCUCCCACAACGCCACCCAAUGAACCGCCGUGCGCGUGACCGAGGCUGGCAGGUACUCCGUGCAUCUGCAAGCUGCUCCAGUUGGUCGUUGCCACCACAUCUACUCGCCGGCUUCCGUACGUGAGCACAACUGGGGAGCCCUUGGAACUUCUACAUCCGCCAACGCAUCCUCAUGCUCUGCGUCCGCUCUCUCCGAUUAGUUGACCUUCUCACGAGGGCCACCUCGACCUUCCCUGGACCAGCUAAUUUUUAACUUCAUAGAACUAAAAAUGUACGCAUGCUGUCGUGGACAAAAGGACUUAGUCGUGGAGCCAUCGCAACUAGGAAGCUUAAAGGGGUUAAACGGGACAAAGGACACGAGAGUUUAUACUGGUUCGGCCCCUUGCGGUGAAGGUUAGGGUUUGUGCUUUCAUCAUGGAUCCAUGUGACAUACCAGGUGUUCCAGGUUUUAGGUCCUAACAUAUGAGGAUGAACAUAUGUGUGCUCCAAACAGGGACAAUCACCUUGUAACUGCAAAACUCAUUGCAAGAAGGUAUGAGCAUAUCUUAAGGGCCAAUCCCACUUGGAAGAUUGAUAGCAUUAAGGCCACUGUUCUGAAGGAUUUCUUUGCUGAUGUAUCAACAUCAAAGUGCAAGGCUGCGAAGAAGAUAGUGUCAUAGAAGUUGUUAGAAGGGAUGAAAGAGGAGUACACCAAGGUCUUUGACUACCAGCUAGAGUUGCUGAGAAGCAAUCCUGGUAGUACCAUUCUUGUUGGUCUAGAUCCUGAAUACAUGGAUCAAAACAUCUUCCAAAGAUUCUAUGUUUGUUUCAAUGCAAUGAAAAAAGGGUUUAAAGCAUGCAGAAGGGUUAUUGGGCUUGAUGGUUGUUUCUUCAAAGGAGCUUGUCAAGGUGAACUUCUUUGUGCUAUUGGUAGGGAUGCUAACAACCAAAUGUACCCAAUUGCUUGGGCAAUAGUGGAGCAAGAAACUACAAAAAAUUGGGAGUGGUUUAUUGGCCUUCUGAUCAAAGACUUGGACAUAAAUGAUCAAGGUGAAGGCUGGGUGUUCAUUUCAGAUCAACAGAAGGGCUUGAUCAGUAGCAUGCAGGAUUUUCUGCCAAAAGCACAACAUAGGAUGUGUGCUAGACACAUUUAUGCUAACUGGAGGAAGAAGUACAGGGAGCAUGCUUUACAGAAGAAGUUCUGGGCUAUUGCAAAGGCUGCAAAUAGAGAAGAUUUCAUGUACAGAAAAGCAAAGUUGGCUCAAGACACACCUGAAGGAGCAAGGGGCAUAAUGAGAACAGAACCUAAGCACUGGGCCAGAGCUUUUUUCCCUGUGGGUUCACUAUGUGACUCAGUGGACAAUAACUUAUGUGAGUCCUUCAACAAUUCAAUCAUUGAGGCUAGAUUCUAUCCUUGCAUAUCCAUGCUGGAAAAGGUUAGACAAAAAAUGACAAAGAGAGUUCAAGAAAACAGAGAGAAAUCUGAUAAGUGGACUAAUAAUCCAAUUUGCCCAAACAUUUUUAAAAAGCUUAAGGUGAACAUCAAAUUAACUCAGUUCUGUGACGUACUCUGGAAUGGGAAAGAAGGGUUUGAGGUUAAACAUGUUAGUGGAAGAGGAAGGACCUACACUGUCAACUUAGAUAACAGGACAUGCUCCUGUGGGUACCUGCAGCUGGCAGGUCUACCUUGCUGCCAUGCUAGCAGUGCUAUUUAUAAGAGUGGCAGAAGAAUUGAAGACUUCAUUGACAAGUGCUAUUCAGUUGAGCAAUUCAAGAAAAUAUAUGAGCACUGCUUGGAGCCAGUUGAAGGUGAGGAAAGGUGGCCUGUUUCUCAGAAUCCCAGACCACAAGCUCCUGGUUAUGUGAGCAUGCCAGGUAGACCCAGGAAAAAUGACAGGAGGAGGGAAGAGGGAGAAGCACCAAAAGGAAAGAACAUGUCAAGACAUGGGAUUAAAAUUACUUGUAGUAUGUGUGGGAAUAAAGGCCACAAUAAGUCAGGUUGCCAAAAAAAUCCAGAAAAAGGCAAGAAAAAAAUGCCUUUCUGAGAAAAACAGGGAGGAAAAUGAAGGCCUCUGAGCAAGCACAAACAGAUGCUAACAUCACAGCAAGCCAGCAGAAUGGAAACAAAGGAAAAGAACAUGCCCAAGCAGGACCAAGUACAGAGAAGAGGAAGGCUUCUAAAAUGCAUAAUGGGCAAGGCAAGAAAAAGGCAAAGAAGUGAACCUGCUUGACAAGUGUACGGGUCAUUUUCUUUUAGUUCCAAUCAAAACUAGUGAUUCCACCCUUUUGGUGUUAGUACUGGUCAUGUAAUUUUGGUCCUGGUCAAAACUGGUUAUUAUGGCCUCUUUGUUUAAGUACUGGUAUUAUGUAGUGGUCAUGUGUAGGAGAUAUGCCCUAGAGGCAAUAAUAAAUGUUAUUGAUUA